AUGGAAGAAAUUAAACUGUUAAACAAAUUAAAAUUAUUGAUUGGAUCAAUUUAUCCAAGGAUAUAUAAUAUUUUAAAUGAAUUGCUUGGAACAUUAAAUUUGAUAGAAAAUUGUACUAAUUGUAAGCAAGGAAUGAUAAAAGAUAAUAAUAAUCUUAUGGAUUAUCUGAAUAAAUCAAAUGAUGCAUUAAAUGAACUUUCAGAUAGAUUAAAAGAAAAUGAGGAAGAAGAAAAAAGCAAGAAAAUCAUUGAUUUAGCAGAAUUAAAACGUCAAGAGGUCAUUAUAUCAAAAAAAUUUCUUUCAGAAGCAAAAAAUUAUGAACAUCAUGUAGAUGCAUUCUAUACAACUCGCUCACUUAGUGAAUUAAUUGAGCAGGCAAAUUUAUCAAAUGAAUUGAGUCAUCAAUCUACUCGAUCUACUAUGAAUGAAAUUGAAUUGUUAAACAAAUUAAAACUAUCAAUUGAAUUAAUUUAUCCAAGAUAUGAUAAUGAAUAUGGUAUACAAAUUAGGAUUAAUCAUUUUCUAAAUGAAUUAUAUGGAACAUUAAAAUUAAUAGAAGAUUGUACUCAUCAUGAAGAUGUUACUUUUCUUAUUCCUCCUUUAUUGAAAGAAUCAGUUGGUGCAUUAAAUAAACUUUCAAUUCAAUUAAAAGAGUUCUAG